ACGAUGUGCUGUUCACAUUUCAUCUGUUUUUUGUUAAGGCGGACCCCUUCUUUCUUCAUUACAUGCCGUUUAACAGGUUCAUUCUGUAGAGGAUCUUGUUGUGGAAUGGUGGCAGAUUCUGGCCAGUAAUUACCUCCCCAGAACAAUUUUCCAUGUUCCAAAUAUAUCGCUAAUCAUCUUUUCCUGACACUGAGCCAAAGCGAGGCGAUUGGAAAAUGAAGAAUCCCAUUUUCUGCGGAUCACAUCCACUGUAGUCUGAAGAGCUUUUUUCGGGGCAGGGGUUUAUGGCGCCUUGCAAUUUGUAAACUGACCAGACCAAACAAGCCGGAUUCAUUCAAUUAAGACAGUUUGUCCAUUUAGAUUUAUUUCUAUUUUUUCACAUGUACAUGUGAAUUCAAUAUAGUGAUGAAUAUGCUGUGAAACGGGCGGUUACAAGAGUACUAGCUGGAGUAAUGGAAUAACGCAGAGAACUAAGGAUGAUAAAUAUGAACACACAGAAAAGGGUUUCUUUUGGAAGUAAAGGGUCAAUGGUGGAAACCUGGAUCAUUGAAGACUUUCCGGAACAUCACACGGAAUCUGAGGACAACUUCUUCAAGAAUUUGGUCAACAGUGCAGACAUUAAGGAACCUUCACCAAAAUUCCAGGAGUCUGUACGUAUAUGUGACCUUGACGAUCUAGUGGAUGAUAUACAGAUCAAGAAAACAUCCCAACCAAGCCACGAAAAGGCUCGGAACAAUAAAGUGACAUUCUGUGAUACUCCCAAUGAAAUUGCUUCCGCAACACCAGCGCCGCCUAGCGAGCCAGCCUCCACAGGGACUACAGAAAUAGUUGUCCUCUCUGACUCCCCCCUCGGAAUCUGGCCUGUCAAGCGCUCGGCCAGCUUGGAGAGCAGGGAUAACCCUUUCAAACCAGACGGCGAAUUGUGUAAAGAGGCAGAAGACAUUUUAAAACGAGCCACAAUAAUUCGUGAUAAGUUCAUACUGAACGAAAAUCGAGAAAAGGGUGCUUCAAAGACUAGUCUGAAAGACACUGCGAAUGGGGACUCGCCUCUACAGGCGGUGCAGGAGGAAAAUAUAUCUCAGACUACUGUGAACCAAUCCAAGUCUUCGCCGGUCAGUAUUCAGCCCAAGCAAAACGGAGUGGAGGACAAAAAAGUUUCGCCUGAUUCUGUUAGAGUGGAUGUUGUGGAUUCACAUGCCAUUAAUGACGUCAGUUUUAAAGACAAGAAGAAACAGAAGAAGUGUUGCAGUGUUAUGUAGCACAAUGAGUGUCUUAGUGUUUUUAAAAUAGCGGGAAUAUAGUGCAAUGUGGGCUAAUAGCCACUCCGGGGUGUAUUCAGGAUUCGUCCAAAACUUAGCUGUACACGCCAUGUAACAGUACCUAUCAUUGGAUGUUGCCCAUGUAUCGAAAUAUGUCAUUGGUUGUUGCCAUUUUCAGCAUUCAAACUUGCUUUCUGUGUUAAUAGGGUUCAAUGCAGACGACACCAGUGUAAUAAACAUCUGGAUGUCAGUUAACUUAAUUCUUGGAUAGGAUAGUAAUCCAAUGUUCUUCGAUGUGAAAUCCACUUAACGAAUAUCAAUUUGUUUGAAUUCCCUUACAAAGAACGAAUAUGAUAGUGUGUUCUGUGAAAGGAUGGUAACUAAUGCAAGAAAAUCAAAGUCGGUUUGGAGUAUAAAUUAUUAUUUCAUUAAAGAUAUAUUUUUGUCAUUUGUUAUUUUGAUGUAAUAUAUUUGUGCAAGUUAUGGAAUACAUUGCUUCCUGUUUGA